AGCAAGAAAUUUUCCAAUUUUCAUUUCAUUUUGAUUUCAAUCAUCAAACGAAUCGAACAUAAGUGCCUUGAAACCAAACCAAAUCAAAACAAAACACAUAAUCAAAAAUGACUUCAGCAACAAAAUCAUCUUGUAAAUCAUCUUCGAAAUCUGAAUCUGGAUCGUCGAUUAUCAAACAAUUUUGGCAAAAUUAUUCAUUAAAUAAUUUAGCAUCACUUUGGUAUUCAUUGUUGACAACUUGUUUACAGAUCUAUCUGAUCAUACGUGCUAUAUAUCGUUUUUCCGCAUACAUAUCAUUACCAUGGCCAAAUAAUGGUCAAGCACCUGAAGAAUCGAUAAAUUUUUAUCUAAUUUUCAUUGCUAUAAGCAUAUUGAUUGUACCAUUUUUCUUGAUUGUAUCGUUGAUGAAAAUUGGUAAUUAUUCAAAUGAUGGACAUAAAAUUGGUUUAUUUAACCUCGGGAAAUAUCAUCGUUAUCUUCAAAUGGAUGAUGAUAAUGCUUCAACACUGAAUCCAACAUCAAAAUGGUAUCGUACUUUAUGGAAACAUUCAUUACCAAUCGGACCGGUAUUACAUCUUUUAAUGUCAUUAUGUUUGCUGUUUCCACGGUUGAUAACUGAUGCACAAUUAAUCAGACAUGGCUUCCGUAGUAAAUCACAAAUAUGGAAAAGUGAUUUUGAUUUUCUACUCAAACAUUUUGAUGGAAAAAUAUUCAAUUUUUUCGGUUUGAUUCAAACGAUAAACAUUACUGAACAUUAUCAGAUUUUGAAUGAAAAAACAUCGACAUUGGGACAACAAUUUUUCAUACGAAAUUCAAAAUUUCAAAAAUUAUUUGCCGAAUUCGAAGAUAAUCAAGCCAUAACACCUGAAAUGUUGAAUAUUUUCCUGGCAUUAUUGAUGAUAACCAUACGUUAUCCGGCUGUAUUUUGGCGUUGUAGUAAAACAUUUUCAUUAAUAUUAACAUUUCAACUUGUAUUGAAUUCCGUUCAAUGUUUAAUUACAAUAAAUUCAUUUGAAAUUGGUUACAAAAUAUUCAUUUGUGAUCCAACGCUAAUGUUAAUCCGAUUUCGUGAAUCAUCAUCAUUAUCAAUUGGACAAUUAUCAUCAUUAACAUUUUUCUAUAUAAUCAUAUUACAAUUAUCAACAAUAUCAUUAUAUGUUUAUGGUUUAAGUAAAUAUCGUGAAUAUCGUUUGGCUAGGACAAAAUAUUUUCAAUAUAAAUAUGAAAAUUAUUUACUUAUAAAUCUCUUACCAUAUGUGUUUGCAAUGAUAUUCUUUGUAAUAAUGUCCGGUAUUGUUGGUCCAUUAUUCUAUGAAUAUACAAUAAUUUAUUCGGGUAGUUUGAAUUCCGGUGCUUUAUCAAUGCUAUUAGCAACAAUAAUUUAUUUUAUUUGUUGGAUUCUGAUGUGGAUUCUAUUGGCAACCAAAACUACAUGGAAUUUUUAUUAUGAUGAUUUAGAAUUCGAUUCUAUUUCCACAUCAACGGCCGACAACAAUAAUAACAAUAAAACAUCAUUAUUGAUAACAAAUGAUGGAAAAUUUUUUAAAAUUAAAGAUAAUCUGGCCACAAUGGCUAUUGUAAAUUUUAUUCAAACUAAUGGUUUUGAGAAAUGUCAUCAUUUGAAUCAACAACAAAAACAUCAUUAUCAACCGAUUACGAUGAAGAUUAAUGGAGAAUCGGCGACAACAACAUUGAAAUCAUCAUUGAAAAUGAAUCACGGUACUUUGAGUAAAAAUUUUCGCUUUUCAUCAUCGCGUAAUAAUUCCAAUUCCAACGGAAAACCAUAUGAAACAAUGGAAAAACGUAUAAAUUUUUUCGUAAAUGACAAUGAUGAAGAAUCGGAUUCCGACAGUGGUGAAUAUGCAACAUUUCAUCGCCUGAAACGAACUUAUUCAUUUAAUCCGAAAAAUAUUCCAGCACGUGGUUGUUUCCUACGUGAAUCAUAUUGUAGUCUACAUAUUUGUAUUUGUAAACCAGAUUUUCCAAUCAAUAUUGCCGACCGUUUAUGUUUGGCUAAAUUAAAAUCAAUUGGUGAUCAAUGUGAAUUCAAUGAUGAAUGUCAAUUAGGAAGUAUUUGUAAUUAUCGAACGUCAAAAACGAAAAAAAUUUGCCAAUGUAAAAUUGGACAUGUUUAUUCGGAAAAACAACGAAAAUGUAUGAAAGGAUUAAAAGGUUCGAGUUGUUUGAAUGAUACGGAUUGUCAAACAAAUAUGUUUUGUAGUUUUGAACAAUGUGAAUGUAAAAAUGGUUUUGAAUGGUCAACGGCUGAAGAUAAUUGCCUAAAACGUUCUCGGUAUGGUGAAUUAUGUGAUCAAUCAAUAAAUUGUAAAUUUUAUGAUGAAUUUAGUGAAUGUGAUUCACAAACAAAACAUUGUGUUUGUGGACAAUUUCUUUCACAUAAAUAUUUGUUGGAUGAAGUAACAGGAAGAUGUAUUAGUAAUUGUCCGGAACAUCGUUUUAAUCAUACAUCACAAACAUGUUUACCAGCAAAAACAACUGUAGAAUAUAAUUUAUUAGAUCCAACAUCAAAUGAACGAAAAUCAUCAUUACAAUAUGGAAUUUAUAUUGCAUUGAGUAUGGCACCAUUUUUUAUAUUUGCAUUAAUUGGUUUUAUUUAUCGUUAUAUUAAUCCAUUAUAUGGUACAUUACCUGAUACAUUUGAUCAUCAUCAUCAACAUCAACAUUGUCAUCAUUCAGCAGUAACACAGCAAACAAUUACGGAAAACCAUAAUGAUAAUGAUGAUGGUAAUGGAAUGAAUUCAUCAACGUUAAUCAAUAACAAUAGUCAUUAUUGUUUAUCAAUAGAUUUUGAUAUUAAUGUAAAUAAUAAUAAUGUUGAUAAUAAUAAUCGUCCAUUUUCUUUUGGAAUUUCACCAAAUCAUACAAUACCAUCAACGACGAUAAUUUGCGAUAGUAGUUUUGAACAACAACAUCAACCAUCAUUAUCAAUAGCAGCGACAAUUCAAUUACCUGAACCACCACCAUCAUAUGAUUUAUCAUCACAGGAUAUGCCACCAUCAUAUGAUGAAGCAGUUGCACAACAACAACAACAACAAAUUCCAAAAAAUUAUUGAACAUAUCCAAACCAGGCAGAGAAAGAUCAAAUGUUUGUCUUCAUCAUCAUCAUCACCACCGCCAUACUUUUAAAAAUGU